AUGGCAGCGCCCUCUGAGAAGUCACUCAAGGACAUGACAGGCCAGUGGUUCGUCGCCACUAAGCUAUGUGAGGGCUUCGAGCAGUACCUCAGCCUGCAAGGUCUCCCCUGGUGGAAGCGUCAGUUUCUUCAUAUUCUCACAGUCAAGGAAACCCACACCCAAUACGUAGACUCGGAAGGCAUCACCCAUAUCGACGUGGCCCUGAGUAUCAGCGGUGGGUUCGGCGGGAACUCUGAGAACCGUAUCAUCGACAACAAGAAGCACGCUGUCGAAACAGAGAUGCUAGGCACCCUGUACGAGCAGUGCCGGUGGGCCAACCUCGACGAAGUGGACGAUGACCCUUGGCUCAAAGAGGGUUGGGUUUACACCAACGACGAACGCGAGAACGGCGGGGCCGGGCCCAACGGAGAGUUACACAUUGAGAGCCGGGGUACCAAUUCCAGCGGUAGCUUCUCGACCGUUGGCCUCUGGGGUUUUAUCGAAAUCAACGGCGCGCGUUACCACUGCCGCAAGGCCAUCUGCCGGAAGGGCAAGGAGAAGGCCCGCGUGCUCGGAGUCUACGGCUAUGUAGGGCCCGCUGAGAAGUGA